AUGGCUAUCGUGCUAUCCGCCACGAUUGGCAUUGCGUUCGCUACAUUUGCCAUAAUUUACGCAACCCGUUGGCAUCUAGGGAGAAAGAAUGCUCUACCUCUUCCCCCGGGCCCAAAGGGCCUCCCACUUCUUGGAAAUGUCAACGAUAUGCCCAAAUCUGGCAUGCUUGAGUGUCACCAUUGGUUGCAGCACAAGGAAGUUUACGGCCCCAUCAGUUCCGUCACAGUGCUAGGGCAGACCUUCAUCAUCAUUAACGACCCUGAGAUUGCGUUUGAGCUGUUGCGCGAUCGCUCGGCGAUUCAUUCUUCGAGACCUAGCCAAACCUUCAGCGGUGAUAUGGUAGGAUGGCGGCAUGCCACUGCGAUGACUCCGUACUCCGCUGAAUGGAAGAUCCAACGCAAGAAUAUUACCAAGAUCGCGAGCACGAACAUUUCCGUAUCAGUAUUCGAUAAAGUGCAAGAGACAGAAGCCGCGCACUUCUUGCUCAACUUACUGGAGUCGCCCGACAAGCUCUUUGACCAUAUACGAAAAGAGGCAGGCAGUGUUAUUCUGAAGAUCACAUAUGGCUACAACACUGUAGCCAGCGGCAACGAUCCUUUCGUCGAUAUGGCUGCUAAAACCAUGGAGCAGUUCGCCGAUGCUACAGUUCCCGGGAAGUGGUCGGUAGAUAUGUUCCCGUUCCUGCGGUACUUGCCAGCAUGGCUGCCAGGCACGGGGUUCAAAGACACGGCGAGACGAAUGGAGGCGCAGCUUCGCCAAUGCACUAACCAGCCGUAUGAGUUCGUGAAAAAGCAGAUGAAAGAGCAAAGGCAUUCGCCAUCUUUCUUGUCGCAGUGCAUCGAAGGUCUCGGUUCGGAUGCUGAGAUGGAGUUCGUUCACAAAUGGGCGGCGUUGGCGCUCUACCUCGGCGGUGCUGAUACGACCGUGUCCUCCAUCAUGACCUUCUUCCUUGCCAUGACUGUCUUCCCCGAAGUCCAAAAGAAGGCCCAAGAAGAGCUAGACCGCGUCAUCAGCGGAAGCCGACUACCAGUUAGUAAAGACAAAGAGAAGCUUCCUUAUAUCGAAGCCACCAUGAAAGAGACCCACCGCUGGCACCUCGUCUUACCAAUGUGCCUUCCACAUUGCAGCACCGAAGAAGACACCUGCCGCGGCUAUCGCAUUCCGAAAGGCUCUAUCCUUCUACCAAACAACUGGCAUUUUACGCACGACCCCGAAGUCUAUCCCGAUCCGAUGGUCUUCAGACCAGAGCGUUUCCUCGAAACACCCACUCAUAAAAGUGAGCCCGAUCCUAGAAACUUCAUCUUCGGAUACGGUCGCCGCAUCUGCCCGGGCCGAUACGUGGCGGAUAACGCGCUCUUCAUCACCAUCGCCCAGACUCUCGCGGUGUUUGACAUUACCAAGUUCGUUGAUGGAGAUGGUCGCGUUGUGGAGCCGGAGGUGAAGUUUGAGCCGGGAGCGAUCAGUCACCCUGUGCCAUACCGUUGUUCGAUCAAACCGCGAUCGGAGGAACAUGAGCGGCUGAUCAAGGCUUCAGAGCAAUUGUUUCCUUGGGAGGAAAGCGACGCCAAAGAGCUGGAAAAUAUAAGCUGGUAA